AGUUAUUAACAGAAGUUGCAAAUGUAAAUAAAUCAAAAAUAUAUUCCGUCUAAGUUAAUCCUAUCAUAGUAAACGGUGGCUACACCGCGUGGAGCCCUUGGGGCACGUGCUCAGUCACGUGUGCGAGCGGCACGUGGACCCGGUCUAGAUCCUGCACGAAUCCCGCACCCCAGCACAAAGGCGCAGACUGCACCUCCCUUGGAGCGGCUACUGAAGCAACGGCUUGUAAUACCGGAAUUAUGUGUCCAAUAAACGGCGGCUACACCUCGUGGAGCUCAUGGGGCACGUGUUCAGUCACGUGCGCAAGCGGCAUAUGGACCCGGUCAAGAUCCUGCUCGAACCCCGCACCCCAGCACAAGGGCGCAGACUGCACCUCCCUUGGAGCGGCUACUGAAACAUCGAGUUGUAAUACCGGAAUUAUGUGUCCUAUAAACGGCGGCUACACCUCGUGGAGCGCUUGGGGCAUGUGCUCUGUCACGUGCGAGGACGGCACGAAAAUCCGAUCAAGAUCCUGUACAAAUCCAGCACCUCAGCACAAUGGCGCAAACUGUAACUCCCUUGGAGCGGCGUCUGAAACAUCGAGUUGUAAUGCCGGAAUUAUGUGCCCCAUCGACGGUGGCUACACUUCCUGGACAAUGUGGUCAGCGUGCUCAGUCACGUGCGAAAAAGGAUCAAUGUCAAGGUCAAGGACGUGCUCUAACCCCACACCGCUGCACAAUGGGGCAAAUUGCGACAAGUUUGGGGCGAACAACGAAGAAGAAGCUUGCGACGCGGGAAUCAUGUGUCCAAUCGAUGGAGGAUACGCUGACUGGUCUGGCUGGUCUAAAUGUUCAGCUGAGUGUGGGUCUGGCUUCAUCAACCGCACAAGAACCUGUACCAACCCGGAGCCGCAGUACGACGGCGCUUCCUGUGCCGUUAUUGGUUCACCUGACGAUUCCGAAGUUUGCGAUACUGGUGUACCGUGCAAAGUGGACGGAACAUGGGGAAAAUGGCAGGCCUGGUCCGUUUGCUCUAAAACCUGUGGGGGCGGAAAAUCCCAGAGGGUUCGAUACUGCGACAACCCGGCUCCUAAAGGCGGUGGUGCCCCUUGCUUUGGCAGUGCGAUGGAGACAAAGACGUGUAGCAGCGAGAAGUGUCCAAUUGACCCGAAUGCAAACGCUUACUCUGUACAGAAGUGUCCUAACGGCUUCUUCGCCUGCAAGACGGGCUCGAUCACGUGCAUUGAGGACCUGUUCGUUUGCGACUGCGCGGAGGACUGUGCUGACGGAAGUGACGAAAGCAAGACAUGGGCCCAGUGUCCAACAACCUGCAAGAGCAACGCGAAAGCUCUGAAGGCCACCAUUGGGACAUUGGCCGUCAUGAUGGCGAUCAUCAACUUGCUGCAUAUUUGAUAAUAAAACAAACUUACCAGCACAGGUGUCCUUAAUUAGAGUAUUAAAUUGUAACAAUGAAAUGAAUCGAUACAGUGUAUUUUACUAGAAAUACUUUAGUCUGUAUUUUAACAGCGGUUGAUACUAUCCAGUUUAAUGUUAAUUAGUUUCAAGUAUAAUUUUGUUAGGUAAUUAGUAUUAAGUAUUAUUGGAUUGAUCUGACAUUUAUAAAACUAUUUUUGUAUUUUAGAUGUAUUCUAUCCGUUUUUGAUUGUCGUUAUAUAUUAUUUAUCUGCACAUUUAAUGUUCGUGUGUAAACCAAUUAAAUC